CUCCGUAGCGGCGCGUGCGCUGUGCGGCUCUGAUAUCAUCGCGCAGCGCCGCGGUUGGGAGCAACGCCGCGAUGUUCAAGGUAAUGCGUCUGGGGGCUGCACCUGCUAGCCUGAGCUUGCUGUCCAUCCAAGUAUUUGCUUCAUCCUCAGAGAAGGAAACUCCAAAAAAUGAGUUGCUAAAAAUUGAUGAGCUUUCACUCUACUCCUGUCCAGCUCAUGAGUCUAAAUAUGUGGAGGAAUCACAAACCCAGUUGGAAGAGGGGAUCUCGUAUCUGCGGCAUUCUGUGGCGCCAUAUACAGCCUGGUGUCAGGAUCUUUACACUAACGCUAUGCCCAAAGUAGAAAGAACUAUUGAACGUGGUAGAGAAAGUUGUGAAUUUCUCAAAAAUCCCCCUCCAGGAUUUUACCCAAGGCUUGGUGUCAUUGGUUUUGCUGGAAUUGUUGGACUGUUUCUUUCUAGAGGCUCAAAAAUAAAGAGGUUGGUGUAUCCAGUGGGCUUCAUGGGGAUUGGUGCCUCGCUAUAUUAUCCACAACAAGCUGUUGCUAUUGCAAAGGUCACUGGUUCAAGAUUGUAUGACUGGAGUCUGCAAGGAUAUGUAGCUGUAGAAUCUCUCUGGAAGGAUAAUCCUAAAAAGAAGAAAUCUGGAAAAAAAGCAAGUGACAAGUCUGAAGCCAACAAUGACAUGCCAGUGGAAGUACACGUCAAUUCAGGUGAAGAAAGAACCAUGAAGUAGAAUGCGCCAUCACUUCCCAUCAAACAGGUGCAUAGAAGAUUUAGACAAGAUCAACAGUUUUCUAGAGAGAGAGAAGGGAAGAUGACUGAAGAAUCUGUUUUGAUUACAAGUGUAGUUAACCUGUGUUCUGCCUCAGGAAGGACUAUCUGGUACUCUGGUAUGGAUUCUCUGCGAAUGGACACUGCCUAGGAUUUGUCAGCUGGAAACUUUUAGGCCUCAGUCCUGCAACAGCAUCCAGAGAGCUUUACGGUUCUGCCCAUGCAGAGCCUACUGAAGGAUCAGCACCGCAAGUAGCAAGUCUCAAAACUCUUCAAUCUCUAGUUACUAUUUAUAUGCAUAAAUAAAAUUCAAAUUCAGUAAAUUUG